CAUCAAUAAAGCAAUUGAGUUGGAUCAAGGACUCAUUUCCUGGCACAUACAGAUGGAAAUGCAUAGUGGCCUGUAGUAUUAUUCUUCUACAAUGAAUAUCGCAUUUAUCUUAUUUAUUUUCGCUGCAAGUGUUUUUUCGUCAAGAGGACGGAAGCACAAGAAAGGGAUCGUCCUUGAAGAGGUUUGGAACGAUUUGGCAUACCAGUACCUGGAGAGGGAAGGGAGGAACCCAACCUGCCAAGGAUGCACUCAGGUUAGGAAUUAUUUAGGAUUACCAGAUGUUAAUCUCACAGACAUUCGAAUUGAAAUGGCCAAACAAAACAUACUGAGGAAACUGGGUUUGGAAAGAGCACCGUCCGUGAGGAAGCCGCAUAAGACUUCUGUACCAAAUCCGAUAAUAGACGGAGAAGUUUUCAGAAUGGAUAAGAACUUCAAACCAACGAGAAAACGCCGUCUAUCAACUGAACAAGUUAUAGUCAUGACUCAAGACGUAACCUGUUCCGUUGAUUCCAAUCUUGUCAACGUGAAAUUCAGCUUCGAAAUACCGGAACGAAUAAAAAAAACACAAAUCACUUCAGCAGCAAUGUGGCUCUACACAAAUCCAAAUAUCAACAGCUACCAGUUCAGCAAUUGUCUAUUGACGAGAAAAUCAUGCGAUUCGGUUGCAAAUAUAACAUCGAAGGAAAUUUAUCUCCAAACAUCGGAGGCUAAAGCCGGCUGGAUUGAGAAAAACGUUCUUUGGUGGUUGCAGGAGGAUUCCUGCCAAAAAUUUAAGUUAUCAUGUUCAGGAGACGCUCAAUACAUGUUUAACUGCUCUCAUUAUUAUGAAAAAACGAAAAAGCCCUUCUUAAUGAUCGAGGAGACAUCGGAUGAUAUAUCUGAUAUGAUUAGGGAAAAACGAAACAUUAACUGUAUUGAAGGAAUUAGUGAUUGCUGCCGUGAAAAGUUAUAUGUCUCAUUUGCUGACAUCGGAUGGGGAAAUUGGAUAAUCCAACCAAAAGGAUACGAAGCAUACUACUGCAAAGGAACAUGCUUAAACGUAGCUUCAAUUUCACUCAGUGCUUCACCGUACCAUUCUGUUUUAAAAAAACUAUUCUUAACGAAAGGCCCUGCGUUGGAAAUCACACCAUGUUGUGCACCAACAAAACUGUCUUCUGUGCAACUAAUUUAUAUGGAUCAGAAUGGAACAUUUAUACAGAAGACCAUUCCAGACUUGACAGUAGAAGCAUGUGGUUGUAUGUAAUUAAAAUUUAUCAAUAAAUGAUACCUACUUGAAGUACAUUGUAACUAAGUAUGUCCCUUAAUAAAUUAAAUAGCAAAAUAAAUAAAUACUGUAUUUUUUAUUUAAA